UGAUCGUGGAGCCAGAACUGCAGAAGAAGCUUCUAUAAAUUUCCUUCACCACCGACUAAAUCUAAAGUAACACCUAUGAAUCUUCAUCGACACAGCUCGAUCUGGUCAAAUACAAACAGCGCAUCCCCUCUUUUGUUUCCUAUCAGAUUCCAACCCUUCAAUCAGGCUACGGAGCUCCAACUCAAAAGGAAACCCAAAUACAUUUCAGCAUCCAUUACUUCCAUUGAUGCAUAUCCACAAGCAUUUGGCAGCCAUGGAGGAAGACGGAGCCGUAACACUCUACAACAAGACGGCCAUCACCGACUCCAAGAAAACCUCAUUCUCUAUCAAAGUGGGUCUUGCACAAAUGCUUCUUGGCGGCGCCAUUGUCGAAGUCUCAAUUCUCAACCAAGCCAAACUUGCCGAAGAAGCCGGCGCCUGUUGUUUAGUCAUAACCGAACCCAACCGCCAAGGCAUCUCGCGCAUGCCCGAUCCUUCUAUCAUCAAACAAAUAAAACGAGCCGUCUCAAUCCCUGUCAUGGCUCGUUCCCGCGUCGGUCACUUCGUCGAAGCCUGGAUUCUUGAACGAGUAGGAGUGGAUUACAUUGACGAGAGCGAGGUUUUAGCUAUAGCCGAUGAAGAUAAUUUCAUUAAUAAGCAUAAAUUUAGAUGCCCUUUCAUUUGCGGCUGCAGGAACCUCGGGGAAGCGUUAAGGAGAGUGAGGGAAGGAGCUGCCAUGAUUAGAACGCAGGGGGGCUUGUUAGGGACUGGGAACAUUGCUGAAACGGUUAAAAACGUGAGGUCCGUGAUGGGUGAAAUCAGGAUUUUGAAUAACAUGGAUGAAGAUGAAGUUUUCGCGUUUUCGAAGAAAGUUACUUCCCCUUAUGAUUUGGUUGCUCAAACCAAGCAAAUGGGAAGACUACCAGUGGUACAUUUUGCUGCUGGUGGAAUUGUAACCCCGGCAGAUGCAGCAUUGAUGAUGCAGUUGGGGUGUGAUGGUGUCAUUGUGGGAUCAGAACUGUUCAAUAACUGCUCGGAUCCGUUUAAGUGUGUUCGGGGUAUUGUGAAAGCAGUUAGGCAUUAUAAUGAUCCUCAUGUGUUGGUGGAGAACAGUUAUGGAUUGGAGGAGGAAAUGGCAGGCCUUAAUGUCAGUGAGGAAAGGAUGGAACCCUUUGGAGAAGGAGCUUGAUCAAGUUAUGGAUCUUUUUUCUUUUGUUUUUAGAUUCAUUUGACUGUUUCUUUGUUUCCCUUGCGGCUGCAGGCUGCUGUUCUUUUUCUUUUGCUAAGAUUGUGACUUAGAUAUGCUAUAUUUUUCAUGUUGAAGUCUUUGAGGACAUAAUUCCAGAAUAAGUUGGUUUCAUCAACAUGAAAAAUUGUUAACGUAAUUACUUUCCUCACUA